AUGGCCGAUUCGGAUUACGAUUUUGAUGACGAGAGUUCAGCCGACGAGUACGUUGGUGCGAAGAGUGGUACUUCAAGCACACGCGCACAAUCUUCGGCGCCUGGCAAGAGGCGGAAAGUAGAGGCGCCUGUGAAGGAACCGCCAAAGCGGCAGGCAUGGGAGACAGAAUACUCGCGGACGGUCCAGAAGACGAUAGAACCGGCAGACGAUGGCACACUAGGACAGAGCGUACAAGAACGGGAAGAAGAGAGGAAGCGCAAAAGGUUACGGAAAGAUACAAAGCCUUUCCAGCGAGGUAUCAUACGUCACGUCGUCCUGGUGCUUGAUCUGUCAGAGGCCAUGAUGGAAAAAGACAUGCGGCCCAACCGAUACAUCACGAUGAUCAACUACACACAAGACUACAUCCGCGAGUUUUUCGAACAAAACCCUAUAUCGCAGAUGAGCGUACUGGGUAUGCACGAUGGUGUCUGCAUACGAGUCUCGGAGCUCUCGGGCAACCCAGCAGAACACGUUGCAGCGAUACAAGGCCUGAGAAGCAAAGAUGACGGCAAAGAGCCCAAGGGCGCGCCCAGUUUGCAGAACGCAUUGGAACUGGCAAGAGCAACGUUAUACCACACACCAAGCCACGGCACGCGAGAGGUCAUUGUUGUCUUCGGGAGCUUGUUGAGUUUAGAUCCGGGUGAUAUACACCAGACAGUCAAAGCCUGCGUACGAGACCGAAUACGUGUCAGCGUAAUUGGUAUGGGCGCGCGCCUCAAGAUCUGCACAGAAAUUGUCACUCGAACAAACGCCGGUGAUGAAUCCGAAUACACAAUUGCAACCGAUCAGGAAAUGCUCAAGGAGCUCCUCCUCGCCACUACAACACCCCCCGUAAUCCGUACAACAGCACCGGCAGUCGCAGCACCAGCCGCUCCGCAAGCCCCAGAUCCUUCCUCCGCCGCAGCACUCAUGAUGAUGGGUUUCCCAUCCCGUGUAGUAGAAGACCAACUAACCAUGUGCGCAUGCCACGGCAACCUCACAAUGGGAGGUUACACCUGUUCUCGCUGCAGCGCAAAAGUCUGCUCCUUACCUAUCACCUGCCCCUCCUGCCAACUCACCUUACUCCUCUCCACCCAUCUCGCGCGAUCUUACCACCAUCUCUUCCCCCUCCGCAAUUGGUCCACAGUAUCCUGGUCGCGCGCCCGCGAAAAGGGAAGUAAGCAGUGUGUGGGCUGUCUGGCUUCCUUUAGUGAUCCGCCAAGCAGCAAUAAUGAAAGAAGUGAGGCAGAACAAGACGGCGAGGUCAACAAAGAGAAGAGGGACGAAGAGGACAGCGAAGAGCAGAAGGCGUCUGAGAGCGGGAGGUAUGAAUGCAGGGCUUGUGAAAGUCACUUCUGUAUCGAUUGUGAUAUGUUUGCGCAUAUGGUCCUGCAUAAUUGUCCUGGGUGUUUGGGGAGGUUGGAUCCGGGGGCUGUUGCGCAGGCGAGUAACGGAAAUGGGGAUGUCGAGAUGACAGGGUGA